AUGAACAGAACUGAACCUGGGCCUGCCCUCUGCUUUGAAUCAUUCAACAACUCGUGCGAGAAGUUUGUCUACCCCACCGAGUCUCAGAUUUUGCUCUAUUUGUUCUUCAGCGCCAUAGCGCUCACAACAGUAUGUGGAAACCUCCUGGUCAUCAUCGCCAUCAUUCAUUUCAAACAGCUACACACUCCAACCAACUAUUUAAUCCUGUCUCUUGCCGUGGCCGAUCUGCUAAUCGGGGGGUUCGUGAUGCCCCCCAGCAUGAUACGAUCUGUCGAGACCUGCUGGUAUCUGGGGGAUCUGUUUUAUCGAUAUUAUGCUGUAUGUCACCCCCUUCAAUACCUUAACAAAAUCACACCUCCUGUUAUCAUGCUUAUGAUUUUUUUAAGCUGGGGUUUGGCAGCCUUUGUCGGGUUCGGUAUGAUAUUUCUAGAACUUAACAUUCUGGGCGCCAAGGAGUAUUUUUCUGAUCAAGAAGCUUGUAAGGGAGCGUGUGUUAUCUUUCAAACGGCCGUCGCCAGCACGGUCUCCUCAUUUAUUGCCUUUGGCAUUCCCUCCAUAAUCGCUGUUAGCAUUUAUGCAAAAAUUCUUGUUGUUGCACGAAAGCAAUCCAAAUCUAUACAGCAUUCAGCACACGUGAGCCAGAAAACCAACACAUCUGUAAACAAAACGGAGGUGAAGGCCACAAAAACGCUGGCUAUCAUCAUGGGGGUCUUUUUUGUGAGUAUUUCGCCCUUUUUUUUCAGCAACCUAAUAAAUCCAUUGCUUAACCACACAAUACCGCUGGCCUUAUUUGAUGUUUUUUUGUGGAUUGGAUAUCUGAAUUCUCUGUGUAAUCCUUUUGUCUACGCCUUCUUCUAUAGGUGGUUUAGAAAAGCUCUGAGAAUCAUUCUUUUGGCCAAAAUAUUCCAAGCUAAUUCUUCACGGUUAGACUUGAUGGUAAAAGAAUCCUAG